AUGACAUCUAGCAUCGGGGAUGAUUGCAGCCUCUUUGAUGGAUUGAUGGAAGAAGAUGAAAAGGACAAAGCAAAACGCGUGUCCCGAAACAAGUCUGAGAAGAAACGAAGGGACCAGUUCAAUGUCCUUAUCAAAGAACUUGGCACCAUGUUGCCUGGCAACACCAGGAAGAUGGACAAGUCCACAAUCCUGCAGAAAAGCAUCGACUUCCUCUGUAAACACAAAGAGAUUGCAGCUCAGUCUGAGUCCAGUGAAAUCAGACAGGACUGGAAACCUCCGUUUCUUAGCAAUGAGGAAUUCACCCAGCUCAUGUUGGAGGCCUUGGAUGGGUUCUUUAUAGCAAUAAUGACUGAUGGAAACAUUCUUUAUGUUUCUGAAAGCGUCACCUCAUUACUUGAACAUUUGCCUGCCGACUUGGUGGACCAAAAUUUGUUGAAUUUUCUUCCAAUUGGGGAGCACUCCGACGUGUACAAGGUUCUGUCCACACACCCUUCUGAUGUGGACAACAUAAAUUCAGAUUAUCAGAAAACUAAGAAUCACAUGGAGUUUUGCUGCCAUAUGCUGCGAGGGGCCAUUGACCCGAAAGAACCCCCUGUGUAUGAAUAUGUGAAGUUCAUUGGAAACUUUAAAUCUCUCAACAAUGUUCCCAAUGUUACAAGAAAUGGUCUUGCUGGAGUCUUGCAGCGGUCUCUACAACCUGCCUUUGAUGACCAGGUUUGCUUUGUAGCUACUGUUCGACUGGCAAAACCUCAAUUCAUAAAGGAAAUGUGUACGGUCGAGGAGCCUAAUGAGGAGUUCACAUCUCGACACAGUCUAGAGUGGAAGUUCCUCUUCUUAGACCACAGGGCUCCACCAAUAAUAGGCUAUCUACCAUUUGAGGUUCUGGGCACAUCAGGGUAUGAUUACUAUCAUGUGGACGACCUGGAGACACUAGCCAAGUGUCAUGAGCACUUGAUGCAGUACGGUAAAGGGAAGUCCUGUUACUAUCGUUUCCUAACAAAAGGCCAACAGUGGAUUUGGCUACAGACGCACUAUUACAUCACGUACCAUCAGUGGAACUCCAGACCAGAGUUUAUAGUUUGCACACAUACAGUAGUCAGCUAUGCAGAGGUGAGAGCAGAGCAGCGUAGAGAGCUAGGAAUUGAGGAAUCCACCCCAGAGGCUGCUGCAGACAAGAGUCAGGACUCUGAAUCAGAGUUAAACACGUCCAGCCUCAAGGAAGCUUUAGAGAGAUUUGAUCGCAGUCGAACACCCUCCACUUCUUCUCGUAGUUCUCGCAAGUCCUCCUCCCAUGUUUCUGACAACACUUGCACUUCUACAGCUUCCAAGCUACACAUGGACACAGCCACACCUCCUCGUCAAUCCUUGGCUUCAACUAUGGAGAUGACGUCACAGCGGCGUUCCUCUAUUAGCAGCCAAUCAAUGAGCUCUCAAACAACAGGCCAGAGUAUUACACCUGGCAUGAUGGUUCAGCAACAGCAACAACAACAACAACAACAGCAACAACAACAACAACAACAACAACAACAACCCCAACAGCAGCUAUCACAACCACAAACAAAUGUACAACCUGUAAUGGAAUUUUCAGCGCAGGUGAAUGCUAUGCAGCACUUAAAAGAUCAGCUGGAACAAAGGACCAGAAUGAUCCAAGCCAACAUCCAGCGGCAGCAGGAGGAGUUAAGGCACAUCCAGGAGCAGCUGCAGAGAGUACAAGGGCAGGGCAUACAGAUGUUGCUGCAGCAGCAGGGUGGAACCAUGAAUGUUCAGCUGCCUCAAGUGGGUGCGGUCCAGCAAACAACCGCUCGGCCAGCUCAGGUCCAGCAAACAUCACUUAACCCUGUUCAUUCAGGAACCCAAUCCCUGACCAUCCAGUCACAAGUUCCUGCCCCUCAACAGAACCUCCAGCCUCAAAACAACACUAUGGCGCAGCCACAACGUCAGACACAACAGCCUCCUCAAGCGCAGACUCAGACACAGGGAUCCGUCUCGACUCCACUUUAUAACACCAUGAUGAUUUCUCAACCGGGUCAGCCUAACGUUCUACAGAUCAGCACCAGUCUGCCGCAGACUAACACCCAACAAGGCACCACUGUUGCCACCUUCACACAGGAUAGACAAAUUCGGUUUCCAGCAGGGCAGCAGCUUGUAACCAAGCUUGUUACGGCGCCAAUGGCUUGUGGUGCAGUUAUGGUGCCCACCUCUAUGUUCAUGGGACAGGUGGUCACAGCUUACAACCCUUUCAGUGGACAGCAGCAGGCUGGACAAACUCAGACACUAACUCUGCAACCUGCCCAAGCAACCCAAGGUCAAGCUGAUGGCCAAAACCAAACAGCAGUAGUGGCUCAGAGUGGUCAGCAACAACAGCAGCAACAACAGCAGUUUUUACAGGGCACCCGCCUCCUCCACAGUAACCAAUCCACUCAGCUCAUCCUGCAGGCAGCUUUCCCACUUCAACAGCAGGGCACCUUCACCCAGACCACUCAUCAGCAGCAGACACAGCAGCAGCCACAACAGCAGGUCCACCACCAGCGGAACCAGCAGCAGCUCAAACCACAGCCUCAGAAACAGCAGAAGGCCCAGUCCUCACACAGGGCUGACAGUGUGAACAGCCAGCCUCAAUGA